UAUAAAUUAAUUAAUGGCACGCAAAAGGGCUGAUCCAGAUCGCUUCUUAGAGUACGAAGAAUUUAAAGAUCAUUCUGGUUUUACUAUAUAUGAGGAUGGAGAUUAUAUAGAUUUCUACUAUGACUAAUAUAAAGGUUGGUUUGAUGAAUUUGGCAAUUACUAUAAUUCAAAUGGUGAACCAACUCGACCAAAUUAAAAUAGCUUGAAAUUUUGGGAUUCUAUAAAACAUAAAUGUAAUAAUCAUCAUUUGAACAGUUAUAGAUUUUUAAGAUGACAUAGAUGAUUUAUUAAAUCAAUAUGAUGGGGGGACUGAUAGUGAAGAAGAUAAUGAUGAUGAUUUUGAAAGGUUAUUGAUAACAUAUAUUGUAGAGAGUACCUUAAUAAAGCACAUAUUGAUAAACUUGCCAAGAGAUUAAGACAUUAUGGAGAUUAAGAAGAAAUUAAAAUUAAAUUCAGUCACAAUUAAUGGAAUACUAGAGAUAAAGAUGUAAUAUAAUUAUUGGGGGCAUAAAAUGUGAAAUCAGUUUAAUUUGAUUUAAAAAUUGGUACAACUUACAAAACAGGAACAGGAACUAUUAUAGCCUUUAAUAAAAAGUGUGCUUAGUAAAUUAUAUAAUCACACAAUAUUGAAAUCAAUGGACAACCUAUAUCAUUUGAUAUUGAUGCAUUAGAUAUUAAUGAUUCAGAAGACGAAGUAAUUGAUAUUUAAAAAGAAGAUCCAUUAUUAAUUAAGCCACAAUAAUAAUAAUAAAUAUAAGUUUAAUAAUAGUAACAGUAAUAAGAAUAAUAAGUAUAAUAAUAAUAAUAAUAAUAAUAAUAGUAAUAAUAAUAAUAAUAAUAAUAAUAAUAAUAAUAAUAAUAAUAAUAAUAAUAAUAAUAAAAAAAAGAAAUUUGGGUUCAAGAAUUCUUAAUUGUUGAUGGAUUUCCAGAAAAAGAAUCCCUUUAGAAUAUUAAAUAAUGGUUGUCUUAAAAAAUAUUAAAUAAUUCAUAAAUUCAUGAUAAUAUGAUUGAAGUUAAAGUUAGAGAAAAGAAAGAGAAUGGAAAGGUAGUUGACAUAUAUUAAGCUGUUAAAUUAGAUUUAGGAUCAAAAGAGAAAAUAGAAGAUGCUAAAAUAUAACUUGAUAAAUAUAACAUGUAUCAAGGUAAGAGAAAGAUAUCCUAUACCAUAUACAAGCCUCAAAAAUGA